ACGCGCGGCUCGUUGCGCUCCACGAUCGAGCGUCUGGGCGGCGCCUCUUCGCCAAAGCCGAGGAGCUCGAGGGUGAUGGUGAAGUGGGUCACGCCGCGGGGCACCAGACCGCGGAAGUACUGGCCGGGCGGUUCGGUGAGCUGGCUCUCCCGGGGCACGCCGUUCUCGAGCAGGGUGACCUCGACCGUCGGAGAAGGCGACGGCGAGGGCAAGUUGGAGGGCGUCGAAGAGGGCGACGGCGACGGCAAGUUGGAGGGCGUCGAAGAGGGCGACGGCGAGCCGGAGGGAGUCGCGGAGGGCGUGGCCGAGCUGGAGGGCGACGACGACGGCGAGCGCGAGCCGGAGGGAGUCGCGGAGGGC